CGAAGAGGCAAGGUGUACCACGCUGCAAUACAAACAUCAGAUUCGAUUUACUGCUCAGAGCAACAGGUCCUGUCGAAUUCAUUCCUUUAUCAUGUCCAUGCAUCUCUUCUUUCUGUCUCACAAAUCAAAAAGAACCAAACAAAGAAAACAUCCAUUGCAAAGAAACCCCACUAAUCGGUACCAUGACAACCAACCAAACCAUCGACGUCACUGAUCUUCAGUAUCAAGCGUCCAAAUCUUUUUUGCCUGACAAGGAAUCGCUUUGGAAGUUUCCUCAAGAACAUGAUGGAUGGGUUCAUGCACACAAUGCUAUUCGUGGCGAGAUGCAGACCAUUGAAGACUGCUUUCGAGUCAUCCAGAGUAGAUCCAAAAAGCAACCACAGCUUCAAAACUGGGAGGCGGCCGCUCUCCGAACAGUGUUUGAUGCCCAUGUAAAUUUUGUGCACGUGCACCACACAAACGAAGACGACAUUAUUACCCCCUGGCUAGCCACCCGCGUGAACCUUCCGUCCAAGCUCACAGAUGAUCAUGCACAUAUCGUGAGAGAUAUGAAAUCCAUUCAAACCAGGAUCCAUGGGCUCAAGGGAGGCGACAACAGAGAUACCUCCAUGGCUGCAUUGUUGACGCUUUGGAAACCGUACACGGUUACUAUGCGGGAACAUUUGCAAGAAGAAGAAGACAUUGGGCUUCCAUUGUUGCGAGCUUACUUCACGCCCAAGGAGCUCCUCAGGACCGUCAUGAAACUUUCCAAAAAGGAAUCUUCGAACCCACUCGUCACUGGCACUUUCGUCCAUCACAUGGGAAAAGAUCACUGCCGCAAGGAAUUCAUGAAAGAGCACGAUGUUCCGUCCUUUGUUUGGUACAUCGCAUUCGCUAGACCAUUGAAGAUGUACGAGAAGCAAGUUGUUUCUGUCGUCAAGGCCAUUCAUGUUGGCGUGGAACCUGUGCCCGUCAAGAGAGGCGGACUCUGGUGUUGUUAGAGCUGAUGGAUUGAUUGGAACAUCAGCAUGCGCUCACCGCUGCAGACAUCAGCGGCUCUUGACUGCCACUACUACUAUCUAGAAUGUAACAAACUAGCUUUUAAGUUAACAAAGAAGCAGCUGCCAGGCAACCAAAGCUUCUGAGAGUCUGCGGCUGAGUACCGGUAUUUGACCACAGCUUCGGUUCACAUCUGCGAUGGCACAUCUACGGGCGCUGCAGAGGCAACUAACAUUCUGCUUCGUCUGGCAGAAAACAAAUCUCGCUCUCAUCAUCGGAAUCACCCCGUGUGCCAUCCUCGAAGCGUGCUGCUUCUUUGGAUUUGAGUUCUGGAUCAGCAAGAGCUGCUUCGUCGUGAUGAUGCAAUAUAACAGUAUCCAUGGGCCCAAGCGGAAAGCAAAUCUCCCUUUCUUCAUCGGAAUCGGUCAGUGGACCAUCCUCAAGACGUGUUUCCUUGGAUUCAAGCUCUGGAUCGGCAACUUUGACCAGUCCACUAUCAUGAUCGCGAUCCUGAAUGACAACACGAACAUUCAUGGGUCUGGCAAUACCAACAUCCAUUGGCCCCAGCAUGGGUCCAGCAGGCCGAAAUGGCCAUCGCAUGAAG